UUGAACGAUUCUUAUUGUUUUUGCCUUAGAGAUUACGUGCCACAGGACGCGGGCAUCAAUCAAGUGCUCUUUACGGAUCCGAUCGACUUGGAUGAUGAAAACCAGAUCGUAUCUGAUCUUACUUGCAUCGGGAUCGUUGGUAUUCAAGAUCCGGUCCGACCGGAAGUGCCUCACGCGAUACAGAGGUGUCAGCGUGCGGGUAUUACCGUUCGCAUGGUCACCGGGGACAAUAUUAACACUGCGCGCUCUAUAGCGAUUCAGUGCAAAAUCAUCUCUCCCGGUAGCGACUUCCUGAUACUCGAGGGUCCGGUUUUCAAUGAAAAGAUCCGCGAUGAAAACGGUGUGAUUAAGCAAGAACUGAUCGAUCAGAUUUGGCCAUCGUUGAGGGUUCUCGCAAGAAGUUCCCCAGCCGACAAGUACAAUCUGGUAAAAGGUAUCAUCGAAAGCAAACUGUCGAAAAAUAGAGAAGUAGUAGCGGUGACUGGUGAUGGCACAAAUGACGGCCCAGCGUUGCGCAAAGCAGAUGUUGGAUUUGCAAUGGUAACGCGGUUUAAAUCUUGUCUUACAGUAGCUAGUGUCAAAUCACAGGGUAUCGCUGGGACCGAUGUGGCCAAAGAGGCAUCUGACAUCAUUCUCACCGACGACAACUUCACCAGCAUCGUAAAAGCAGUGAUGUGGGGUCGCAACGUGUACGACUCGAUUGCCAAAUUCCUUCAGUUCCAACUGACCGUCAACUUCGUGGCCGUAAUCAUCGCUUUCCUGGGCGCUUGCGCCAUUGAGGACAGUCCUCUAAAGGCUAUCCAAAUGCUGUGGGUAAAUCUUAUCAUGGACAGUUUGGCUGCACUGGCCCUUGCUACGGAACUUCCCGGUGAAGAACUGCUGAGCCGCAAGCCGUACGGACGGAAGAAGCCUAUCAUUUCGAGGACGAUGAUGAAGAACAUUAUUGGACACGGUCUUUACCAAUUGACUGUUGUUUUGGUGCUCAUCUUUGCCGGUGACAAAAUUUUCGACAUCGACUGUGCCAUCGGAAGACCAGGCGUCCCAACGCAGCACUUCACCCUCGUCUUCAACUGUUUUGUUUUGAUGACCCUGUUCAAUAUGUUCAAUGCCAGAAAAAUACACGGCGAACUGAACGUUUUUGAGAAACUCUUUACUAACCGUCUGUUCUGCGGCAUAUGGCUCUCUUGUAUAGUCCUUCAGAUUGUUAUUGUACAGGCAGGUGGAUACGUUUUUUCAACCGUACCUUUGACAUCUCAUCAAUGGCUGUGGUGUAUUUUCUUUUCCGUUGGAGAACUUCUGUGGGGACAGGUCGUGGCAGCUAUUCCGUCCAGUAAACUGCCAAGACAAAUGGAAUUUGGAGCAGGAGAUGUACAAGAAAUUCCGUUGCAAGGAUUUGAGCCAUUGGAGCCGGACAUUUUAUCCAUUCAGUGCCAAGACCGCUCAGCAACUGGGUUGUGGCACUGGAGCGUGGGUAGAAUUCAGACUAAGAUUCGCGUUGUCGAAGCGUUCAGGGAAGGCGUGAGUCCAGAUACGACCAUGGCUCGUAACCAGUUUCUACGCACCUCACUGCAAAAGCUUCAGUCAUGGCAUUCAGGUCAUAAAUCAGGCGUGGUCGCCAACGGCCCGUCAGAGUAG